UCGGUCGUCCUUUCCACUGUCUGUACCUACCGACCAAGGAACUCUCCGAGGCUUUUCCUAUCAUUAGGCACAACACCACCCAACGGCUCUCUCUCUCUCUCUCUCUCUCUCUCUCUCCUUCCGACGGAAAACAGCAGUACAGGAGGGCUUUGGCUUAUAAAGGAGCACAGGCGUGGAAUCAAAGGUACGUAAAGCCAAUUGAUUACAGUCUUUAAUUGGAUUCACGUUUUUUCCAAUUUUUCCUGCUAAAAGAGGCUGCGCUGACUUUUUGGAUCUUGGUUCUGUUCCCUGCCGUUUUUGGAGUAUGUUGCUUCCAUGGGAACAGUAAAUGGAAUAGCUGUUUGAUUCUUUAUAUCAACGUUUAGGCUGUCCUACAAGUUUAGUGGACGCAUAACAGGACAACACAGCUACUCCCGUCAUCAAGAUUUCCCAAGUGAGAAUGCGUGCCCUUUUGUACAAGUGAGCAAUUUAACAAGGUCCCGACGGCGAGUUAUCGUUGAUACAUGACACUGCAUUCUGUAGCUAAACCAAUCAUUACUUAAAUGCAAACAUCCCAGGAUCAACAAAAUUCAGGAAUCCACCAAUUGUACCACCAGCCGAUGCAGCAGGUUGAUCCUUGCUGCUUUUCUCCUUUCCAAAUUUUGAACACGGUCCCUGAAAAUGGAAGCCAAGUAACCCAAGUGUCUUUUCAAUCUUACAAUGAACCCUACUUCACGCUGGAAUCAUCUCCAGCGAUGGCUGAUUAUUUUGUUUAUGACUCCCCUUCUGCCGUGAGCAUUUCCUCCAACAGGACUCCCUUUUCACCACAGGGUUCUCAGUCAUACCUAUCAGAGCCACAGCAAUCCUCUGACAAUGCUUACGGAUCCCCAGGUAGUGGGUGUUCCGUCGUUCAAGAUGGUAGUGAACUAAGUCAUAUAUUGAGAGAUUUGGAGAAUGAAUUGUUGGGGCCUGAAUCUUAUGGCGAUGACAACCAAGCAUAUUUCUCAGCAAGUUCAAAUCAAAUGAUGGAAGUAGAUUCCAUCUCAGACUUGAAUCAAGUGCUCAUUGCCUGUGCAGAAGCAAUAUCUGAUGAAGAUAUGCAGACUGCAGUAAAAUUAAUGGAUGCGUUAGAAGGAAGGGUUUCAGUUGUUGGGGAACCCAUUGAACGGUUGGGUGCUUACAUGUUGGAGGGGCUUAAAGCAAGAUUGUUAUCCUCUGGCAGUUUAAUCUACAAAAAACUCAAGUGCAAAGAACCAACUGGCCCGGAGCUGAUGUCCUCCAUGCAUGUCCUAUAUCAGAUUUGCCCUCACUACAAGUUCGCCUAUAAUUCUUCCAAUGCCGUGAUUUGGAAAGCUAUGGAAAAUGAAGACAGAAUCCACAUAAUUGAUUUCCAGAUAGCUCAAGGGAGCCAGUGGAUGUCCCUCAUUGAAGUUCUUGCAAAGCGGCCUGGUGGGGCCCCAUGCAUCCGCAUCACGGGUGUAGACAACUCCGAAUCGGCUUACGCUCGAGGUGGAGGACUCGACCUCGUGGGCCAAAGGCUAUCGAACUUUGCUUUAUCAUUUGGGGUCCCAUUUGAAUUCCACAAUGCAGCUAUUUCCGGAUGUGAGGUCGAACUAGACAAUCUUAGAAUUCAACGUGGAGAAGCUUUGGCGGUGAAUUUCCCUUACGUGUUGCACCACAUGCCAGAUGAGAGUGUGACCACAAGGAAUCAUCGCGAUCGGCUAUUAAGGCUUGUUAAGAGUUUGUCGCCCAAGGUUGUGACUCUCAUUGAGCAAGAAUCAAAUACAAAUACCGCGGCAUUCCUUCCCCGGUUCAAGGAGACAUUGGACUACUACACGGCUAUGUUUGAAUCGAUUGAUGCUGCCCGCCCAAGAGACGAUAAGCAGCGGAUGAGUGCGGAGGAGCACUGUGUGGCUAGGGAUGUUGUCAACAUAAUAGCGUGUGAGGGAGCUGAGAGGGUGGAAAGGCACGAGCCUUUUGGAAAGUGGAGGUCUAGGCUUAUGAUGGCCGGGUUUACACCGUGUCGUUUGAGUCCCUCAUCUUCGUUUUCCAUCCAGGACAUCUUGAAGGAGUACAGCAAGAAUUACAGAGUGGAAGAGAGGGAUGGGGUUCUUUAUCUUUGCUGGAAGAACAGGGUUUUGUCGACCUCUUCUGCGUGGAGGUGAAAAUGUUUUGUUUGGUUGUUGCUGCACAAUAAUCCCUGUAAAUAUUUUCACGUAAUUGUUGUUUGUAUUCUGUCGUUAAUUUUGUAGCGCUAUUUGGACUGAAAACUGGCUAGAAGAGCUGUCCUCUGGUAAACCUUGAGCAUGGUAGAGCUCAGAUUUAAUUUCAAAAGCCUUUUGAAUUGUAUCUACAUUCUUGCCUGGGAAUGUGAACAGUGAUCUGUUGACCAGACAAUGUAAUAGUCUGCUGUUUGGAUUGUUCUA